GGCUUUGGGCUAAGGUAAAGGGUAUGCAAGUGCCUACCACUCACGAGGUACAACCCCUUUGGUACAAGUCCCUCAUGGCUGGGAUCCUCCGAGUCAUCUUCUCAGGCAGAUCUCGGAUGGCCUCUUGUCGUCACAUUUAUAGCUUAGACCUUUCAAACGCUCCAUUAGAUUUCUGCAAGUGACCACAGGGACCCCCAACCUCUGGUACAUAGGUUCCCAUCUUUCACUCCUUCUGUUCCACGUUCCCAGGAUCCUUGAUCACGCUCUGCGUAUCUAAAUUGCCCUCUCCGAAAUUCCUUCCCUUUUCCACGUAUGGGAGAAUCCUCAGCCUCAUCUACAGACUCCAGAACCCCUACUCUUUUCUUGUACAAUAGCUUCCCGAGCCCCGCUUCCUGACCCCUUCCUCCCACCUGUGACAGCUCCAGCCCUUCGAGCCCUUUGAACCGGGGACCUUGGUUAUUUCCUAGGUCAAAAGUUUACAAUUCCUCCCUGUUGGUCCCUUCCCUGUUUCCUGGGGUCUUCCAGUGUAUUGUCAGUUCCCAAGCCACAGCUACUCUGGGUCCCGCGAGACUUUUCCGGGUAUAUCCGAGGCACUCCCUCUUCACUAGCUGUGUAUCUCCAACUGGGUGUACUCCCGCAGCCCCAGCCCCUGCGUGCCUCGGCCCCUCAGCAUCCCUUCGCUUGAGUGUCUCCGUCGCCCCUCCCCCUGCAGCCGCGCAGAGCCACCCGGCUCGUGGCCGCUGUUUACAAGGACACGCGCUUCCUGACAGUGACGCGAGCCGCCUCCUCCCCUUCCCCACGCUCUAGGAGGGGGCCGCGGGGGCCUGGCUCCCGCGUCAGCCAAUCGGAGCGCACUUCCGCAGCUGACAAAUUCAGUAUAAAAGCUUGGGGCUGGGGCCGAGCGGUGGGGACCUUGAGGGUGGCCAGGCCAGCUUUGAAUCCCGCGGGGAGCGGGGAGCCGAGGGGAGCGACGCCGAGGAGCGGGCGCACCACGGAGGGCGAGACAAGCUCCGGAAGCCCGGCAGCGCUUUCACGCACAGCUGCCAACCGGCCGCUGCCGACGGUCUCCAGCUCCCGAGGACGCGCGACCGGACACCGAGCCCCGCCGCAGCCGAGGACAACUCGCCGCUCGCCGCAGCGAGGCCCGGGGCGGCCCUUCAGGGGGACCUUUCCCAGACCGCCCAGGCCGCCCGGAUGUGCACGAAAAUGGAACAGCCUUUCUAUCACGACGACUCAUACGCAGCGGCGGGAUACGGUCGGACCCCUGGCAGUCUGUCUCUACACGACUACAAACUCCUGAAACCCACCUUGGCGCUCAACCUGGCGGAUCCCUACCGGGGUCUCAAGGGCCCCGGAGCGCGCGGUCCAGGCCCAGAGGGCAGUGGGGCAAGCGGCUUCUUUUCGGGUCAGGGUUCAGACACGGGCGCAUCUCUGAAGCUAGCCUCCACCGAGCUGGAGCGCUUGAUCGUCCCCAACAGCAACGGCGUGAUCACGACGACGCCCACGCCUCCGGGACAGUACUUUUACCCCCGUGGGGGUGGCAGCGGUGGAGGUACAGGGGGCGGCGUCACCGAGGAGCAGGAGGGCUUUGCGGACGGCUUUGUCAAAGCCCUGGACGACCUGCACAAGAUGAACCACGUGACGCCCCCCAACGUGUCCCUGGGCGCCAGCGGGGGUCCCCAGGCCGGGCCAGGGGGCGUCUAUGCCGGUCCGGAGCCGCCUCCCGUCUACACCAACCUCAGCAGUUACUCCCCCGCCUCUGCACCCUCUGGGGGCUCCGGGACUGCCGUCGGGACUGGGAGCUCGUACCCGACGGCCACCAUCAGCUACCUCCCACAUGCGCCACCCUUUGCGGGCGGCCACCCGGCGCAGCUCGGCCUGAGCCGCGGCGCUUCCGCCUUCAAGGAGGAACCGCAGACCGUGCCGGAGGCUCGCAGCCGCGACGCCACGCCGCCCGUGUCCCCCAUCAACAUGGAAGACCAGGAGCGCAUCAAAGUGGAGCGAAAGCGGCUGCGGAACAGGCUGGCGGCCACCAAGUGCCGGAAGCGGAAGCUGGAGCGCAUCGCGCGCCUGGAGGACAAGGUGAAGACGCUCAAGGCUGAGAAUGCGGGGCUGUCGAGUACGGCCGGCGUCCUGCGCGAGCAAGUGGCCCAGCUCAAGCAGAAGGUCAUGACCCACGUCAGCAACGGCUGCCAGCUGCUGCUAGGGGUCAAGGGACACGCCUUCUGAGCGCGCCGCUCACGGACACCCCGGCCUGGGAGGCUGGGCGCCCGCCCCCGGCCGGGCGAGGGGGGCAGGCCGCGGGCGCUCCCCCGGGGGCCUGGGGCGCCGCGCACACACUGGACUCCGGCCCGCCCGCCUGCGCCCGGUCCUUUCACCUCGACGUUUACAUGGGUCCCUUCCGGCGUAUUUUGUAUGUUUUUUGUUUUCCUGGAGAGAGACUGAAUUCAUAUUGAAUAUAAUAUAUUUGUGUAUUUAACAGAGAGGGGAGAAGGGGGCUCUCGCGGCGGAGCUGGUCCCGCCGCCUGGUACUCAGCCUGCCGGGACACUGGGGAGGGACCUCCGCCCCCUGCCCUCCCCCUCUGCACAGUACUGUGGAGAAGAAACACGCACUUCGUGUCUAGAGUCUAUUUUAAGAUGUGUUUGUGUGUGUGUGUUUGACUUUUUAUUGAAUCUAUUUAAGUAAAAAAAAAAAUUGUCUUUAUUAA